CGUUCUCUAAGUAGUCUGUGAUAGAACAGUCCAAAAUAAACAAUAGUUUUUUUUUGCUUCUCGUUCAUGUGGUAAUCUCAGUAUUAUCGAAAGUAAAGUAUUUGAAAGUUUUAUAAUGAUUACACAAUUACAACUUAGCCUUGUAAAUUAAUAAUCGAACAGCAUUUUUUAACGGCACAAUGAACGAGAUCGACGAUAAAUUUUACUAUGUAUACAGUUCAUCUCUCGACCACAAGGUUGAAAUAAAGAUUGGCACACUAGAAGGCAAACGCACUAAACCUGAGUAUGACAAGUUACUCUCGGAUCCUAUGCUCAAGUUCUCUGGACUAUAUCAAGAGGGAUGCUCUGACCUAUAUGUGACGUGCCAAGUCCUCAGUGAUGGAGUGCCACUGGCACUACCUGUCACUACUUCAUAUAAAGCAUUCACUAAUAGAUGGAACUGGAAUGAAUGGGUGAGUUUGCCAGUGUACUUCAGCGACUUGCCUCGGAACGCAACCCUGGCUAUGACCAUAUACGACUGUGCUGGCCCUGGCAAAGUUAUGGUCGUUGGUGGUACCACAAUAUCUUUGUUCGGGAAGCAUGGCAUGUUGAGACAGGGCAUGUUUGACCUGCGAGUGUGGCCAGGCGUGGAGGGGAGCGAGAAGACGCCGGGAAAGGCGCCCGACCGCGGCAAGGAGCAGAUGCAGCGUCUCGCCAAGUUGGCGAAGAAACAUCGCAACGGACAUAUGCCUAAGGUUGACUGGCUGGACAGAUUAACAUUUAGAGAGAUCGAAAUGAUCAACGAGAAGGAGAAAAGGAGUUCCGACUACAUGUACCUCAUGAUCGAGUUCCCCACAGUGCAGAUUGACGGCAUAGAUCACGCUGUGGUAUACUACGAGCAAGAUGGUGACGAGGUGUACCAAUUCAGAGCACAGGCUGAGAUCGUGACUGUUCCAGACUACGAGAUAUUACAGGAGAACCUGGUGGAGAGCAAGCAGCACCGGCUGGCGCGGUCGCUGCGCUGGGGCGUGUGGGGGCGCGACGCCAAGCCCACCGCCGCGCAGCGCGACCAGCUCGCCGCGCUCGUAGCCGGCCCGCCCGCGCCCUCGCGGCCCGCCGCGCACCAGGACCUCAUCUGGAAGUUCAGGUUCUACUUAUCGUCGCACCGGCGGGCCCUCACCAAGUUUCUGGAGUGCGUCAAUUGGAACCGGCCAGGCGAGGUGCGGCAGGCAUUGUCCAUGAUGAAGCAGUGGGCGCCCAUGGAUGUCGAGGAUGCACUAGAACUGCUCACACCCAAAUUCACGCACCCGGCUGUUAGGAAGUACGCAAUAUCACGUUUAAAACAAGCCCCCGACGAGGACUUACUUCUCUAUUUGUUGCAACUGGUGCAAGCUUUGAAGUAUGAGGACUUAUUGGAGAUACAUGGUGAGUACACGAGGAUAUGCGGGAAGGACGCGCCGACGUACUCGGAUUCGGAGGGCAAGCUAAUGCACAGCGGCCGCCGCGGCAGCCAGGCCAGCCUGCUCUCCGUCUCAGUGAUGACGUCCAGUGAGAUGUCCAUCUCGACGAGCAGCCGCCGCGGCACGGGCGACUCCGCCGCCGCGGGGGGGGACACGCCCGCGGGGGAUGGAGACACCAGCACCAUCACCGAGCAGCAAGAGUACGGCGAGUCGGCGGAGGAGGCGGAGGAGCGGCAGACGCUGGCGACGUUCCUGAUGGAGCGCGCGUGCGGCAACAGCGUGGUGGCCAACUACCUGUACUGGUACCUGCUGGUGGAGUGCGAGGACCGCGACGGGCCGCCCGCCGCCGCCCGCCACAUGUACCUCACCGUCAUGCGCACCUUCUCGCAGCGCCUCGCCAAGGGCAACGCAGACCACCAACGGACACGGUCAUUUCUCGCCCGCCAACAACUGUUCAUAGACAAGCUGGUGAAAUUAGUGAAAACGGUCACCAGAGAGAGCGGCAACAGGAACAAGAAGGCCGAACGCCUCCAGCAGUUGCUAGCCGACCCUGACGCCUUCAAAUUUAACUUCACGAACUUCGAACCCAUGCCGUUCCCUCUCGACCCCAACGUGACCAUCAAAGGCAUUGUCGCCAAGAAGGCCAGCCUCUUCAAAUCAGCCCUGAUGCCGUCAAAACUAACGUUUCUGACCACUGAAGGGAUGGAGUACGAGGCCAUAUUUAAACAUGGCGACGAUCUACGCCAAGAUCAAUUAAUACUUCAAAUGAUCACGCUAAUGGAUAAGUUGUUGAGACGGGAGAAUUUAGAUUUGAAACUAACUCCGUACAAAGUGUUAGCGACCAGUUCGAAACACGGCUUCCUACAGUUUGUGGAGUCGGUGACGGUGGCCGAAGCGCUGGCCACUGAGGGUAGCAUACAGAACUUCUUCAGGAAGCACAACCCGUGCGAGGGCGCCCCCUACGGCAUCAAGCCGGAAACUAUGGACACGUAUAUACGAAGCUGUGCAGGUUACUGCGUCAUUACGUAUUUACUUGGUGUCGGGGAUCGCCACCUCGACAAUUUGCUGCUGACAAAAUCCGGUGCGCUGUUCCACAUCGACUUUGGGUACAUUUUGGGUCGUGAUCCAAAACCUCUACCACCACCUAUGAAGCUCAGCAAGGAGAUGGUGGAGGCCAUGGGCGGCAUCCACUCUGAACACUACCACGAGUUCAGGAAACAGUGCUAUACGGCCUUCCUACAUUUAAGAAGGCAUGCGAACCUUAUGCUCAAUUUAUUCUCGCUGAUGGUGGACGCGUCCGUACCGGACAUCGCCCUGGAACCGGACAAAGCGGUCAAAAAAGUCCAAGACAAAUUAAGACUGGACCUGGGCGACGAGGAAGCUGUCCAUUACCUGCAGAACCUGCUAGACAUGUCCGUGACGGCGGUAAUGGCGGUCCUGGUGGAGCACUUCCACAAGUUUGCUCAGUACUGGCGCAAAUAAUGUAACCAUAAAAUUAAUGAAAAUUAAUGGUAUUGUUCCAAUACAACAUAAUGGAAAUGUAACCAAGUUUGGUUAAAAUUGUCACAGAAAUACUGUCCAAAUUAAUGAUAAAUCAAUGGUAUUAUACAUCAGCGUAUUGUUUGAUCCAUAGACGUAGCAUAACUUACUACCUUAGAUUAUGUAGAUAGAUCGAGCCUCAAAAACGGGAAAAUUUUUUGACAGCUAAUUGGCAAAUUGGCUGAUUCGUUUUUUUUUUAUCAGUAUUCUAUAUCAUCAUCGUCAUCUCAGCCAUUAUCCGUCCACUGCUGGACAUAAGCCUAUUUAUUUUAACCUCUGUUUAGCACUACUACUGCCCACUUACUACUUCCUAUGCCACUGUGUUAGGUUGACUGGAAGAAAUCUCUUUCAGAGAUAAGUUCGCCUUUGCUAACAUUGUUACUAACU